AUGGCAAACCAUUCUAAUGUGAAAGACUUAGGUCAUGUGAAUGGAAAUGGAGAGAGAAAAUCAGAAAAACAUGAAUUAGAAGAUGAAGAAAGUUUCGCAUAUUAUGCUAUACAGCUUGGUAGCUCUAUGGUGCUACCGAUGGUACUCCAUUCUGAUAGCGCACUUGGUGUAUUUGAUGUGUUGCAAAAAACUGGUAAAGGUGCUCAACUCUCUGCCGAUGAGAUUGUGUCGCGUAUUUCUUGCAGCAAUCCUGAUGCUCCCAAAAUGUUGGAUCGCAUUCUUGCUGUUCUUGCCUCACAUGAUGUGUUAAAGUGUUUGGUCAUUCAAGAUGAACAAAAGCUUGGAACAUUUCAUAGAUUUUAUAGUAUGACUCCUGUUGCUAGGUUUUUUGCUCCUAAUUCUGAUGGUGUUUCAUUAGGACCCUUGUUGGCUUUGAUUCAAGAUAAUGUUUUCUUAGCUAGCUGGUUAGUCUGAGCUUAUGCAAUUCGAGAAGGGGGUGUCCCAUUCAACAUGGUUCAUGGCACACAUGUUUUUCAUUAUCUAAGCUUGGACUCAAGGUUCAACAAAGUUUUCAAUACAGCGAUGAUCAAUCAUACUAAAAUAGUUAUGAACAAGGUUCUUGAGAGAUACAAUGGUUUCGAGGGCAUAAGGAGGCUUGUUGAUGUUGGAGGUGGUCUUGGGGUUAACAUUCACUUGAUCACAUCAAAAUACCCUAAUAUACAUGGAGUUGAACACGUUGGUGGCGAUAUGUUUGAAAGUGUGCCUAAAGAAGAUGUCAUUUUAAUGAAGUAUGACACAAGCAGACAAUAUGCAUUGAAUGCUGGGAAUUGGGAUGAAGUGAAAAGUGUGACGAUCAAUAGCGACACAGAAAUUGAAGAAUGA